AAAGCGAGCGAGCGAGCGAGCGAUCGGGGCCACUCUAGGAACAGAGUCCGAAGAUUCCCCGAUGGAGAUGCACGAUUUCGCUUUUCGACGAUGGAUGUCGACUCCCUGUCUGCUGCGCACCAGCAAUCCCAGACAUGUUGCUGCUCCACGAGCUGCACUCCCACCACAGCCACAGCCACAGCCACAGCCCCAACCGACCCUUUCGCUAAAUCUGCUCGCCAAGAUUCUUCGCCGGAAGGUCGGUUGAAAAGUGUCCAGGCAGGAAUUUUUGGGAUCGGAGUAUCCCGCGAGCGCACCCCUCGCCUCGCCUUCCGACUCGAGGAACUCGAGCCCCGUGCUCCAGCUCUGCCUUUCUGCCUGCUGCGUGCCGGUGUGGUGGACAUUGGAGAUUCGUCGAGGAAUCAGGAGAGAGGAGGAGGAGGAGGAUGUGUGCUCUCGACGCAGGGGUAUGCUUAGGCAGAGGCCCUUGGCCCUGUUUCAAUGGAUGGUCCUGAUGAGGGAGAAUCUUUCGUCAGUCGACAUGGAAACCUGUCAGCAGCACCUGGAGACAUAUCUUGCGAUACAGUGGAUGCCGUUUUGGCCGGGGACGAUGAGGCCAUCGAGCCACUUGAGAGCGAGAAACCCGUCGAGGCAGUUCGUGCAUCCGGAGCAGGAAUUCACAUCCGACUGCUUCCACUCGCGGACUAGUCCAUCUACUAGGCCGCUCGCUCGCUGCCAGACGACCCGAUCCGCCGCCCCGAUGCUCUGCUGCUCUGCUGGGGCCAAGAGAAUGCACCUCUCCGCAGCAUUGGAGCACCGAACCCCAAAAGCUGACGGGCGGAUUCCAUCGCGCGCUAAUUCUGAGCCGAUUUCCAUCGAAGCUUUCUGCAUCUGCUUCUGUCGUUGCGGUCCGUCGCAGCGCAUGCCUGAGUGAAGAAACUCCACCGGCGGCAGUGCACGAAACACCUCCCCUGCUGCUCGAAUCAUCGAAUCCUCGCAACAGAAGCCCCUGGAUGAGGCCACCGGCGAAUCCUGCCCUCCGAGGUGCAAGAAGAUUCUCGAACCCCUCCCCCUCCUCGGGUCUCGUGAGAAUCUCGAGCGUCGUGAUCCAAGCUCGUCAUGAUUUGGCCUCUGCUGCAGACACACUCACACACAAGUGGAAGGGGCGGGGCGAGGGUCUCAGAAGAAACAAAGGCGCAAGCUAGAGAGAGAUAGGGAGAGAGAGAGAGAGAGAGAGAGAGAGGGAGAGAGAGAGACGAGCAGAUCUCCCGUCCCUCCAUUUUCCUUCCGCUCGAGAGCUCGUAGCUUUCAAUUUCUCUGAACUUAUAAUUUCUCUGAACUUAAUUUCUCUUAAUAAUAGAUACGGAUGGAGCGACUCGCUCGCUCGCUCAUUGUUCGGUUGGGCGACGGAGGCAAGCGAUGCGUGCACAUUUCGGGGCGAGUGCAAGAUUCCACGGAAAGGGAAGGAGACAGGCCGAAACGCAGCGAUCGAGGGGCAUUAGGGAUGUCAGAACGGCUCGCUCGAUGGCAGGUUCGGCAUAUCCCAACAGUCGGGCCAUCGAUCGGGGUCGUGCAAGGAGACAAAGGGCGAGGGCGAGGGCGAGCGACGCAGCUGUAGACCUUAUUCCCAUCAGGACGCAGUGUGCUCCAACAGUCGUCGCAUUUCACGUGCACUUGACAGUUUGGAAUGUGACAGCGGGCAGCCAGCGUUUUCCCGAUCGACAUAGCUAGGCACCCCCCCUCCCCUCGGCAGGAGCACGUCUAGAUGAUGCUUGGUGCGCUAUACAGACAAUCUCGAAGCAUUCAGAGUAGGUCGCUGUGAUGUGGCCUACUCUCGAUGAAGAUUGAUUUGGUGCAAUGAACUUGACCGCCUUCGCAGCAGCAGCAGCAGCAGCUGUGUAGGUGGAACAGCAGCCUGCCUGCGAACAGAUAAUAGAUAUUCGCCUUGUG